AUGACCAUCCUGAAUCCAAACACUGUGUCGACGGAAGAUAUUUCACCAACAUCAUGGUCUCUACGUACAGCUACAGGUCAGCUGGCUCAGGUCUAUGGGCAGACGGUUGCUACCUUCCACAUCGGCGGCUGCGUGUUUCAACACUGCGCACUUGUUGCCGACAUAGACGAGGACGUGAUUUUGGGAACCGAUAUAAUGGUGAAGUACGGACUGAAGUUGGACAUGUCAAGAGGACUAGUGACUCUCGGAGACGAAGAUGUCAUACUUCGGCGUGGAAAAGAUAUCUCUGCACGCGUACUUCUACUGGAAGACACAACGCUACCAGCGCGCAGCCAGGUCAUCGUUCAAGCCACAGUCGAAGGAGAUUGGACUAGUGGGCAAAGUGUUCUGCUGGAGCCAGCAAGUGACAGUGAAUCCCAGCUUGGACGUGGUGUCUUUGUCGCCAGAUCCUUAUUUAACUUAGGACAUGAAAAUCCGGUGCAACUGAUGAACUUGAAUGGUUUUCCUGUUACGAUAAAAAGAGGAGUAACGAUCGGAACGUGCGUGGCUGUUAAUUCGGUGGUACGUCAACUAAAAUCAUGCCCGCCAUCUCCAAAUAGAUUACCAAAGGAGCUAGAAGAUUUCGUAGAGAGUACCUGUCAGGAGCUGACGCAUCAAGAAAGUGCAAAAAUAAAGGACUUUAUUACUAGAUGGCAAGAUGUCUUUGAGUACGGAAGUGGCCCUAGAGGAAGGACGAAUAUAGUACAACACAAGAUAGACACCGGAGAUGCAAAACCCAUACGUCAGGCCCCUAGACGACUCCCACUGGCAAAACGUGACGAAGCCGAGAGAAUCAUAAAGGAGAUGGAAGCGGAUGGUGUCAUCGAGCCUUCUAGCAGCCCUUGGGUGUCACCUGUAGUACUAGUGAAAAAGAAAGACGGCUCAACAAGAUUUUGCGUAGACUACCGCCUUCUCAACAAUGUCACCAAGAAAGACAGUGUUUCUGAAUUCUUCCAUCACAUCACCAAGCAGAGUUACAUCGAGUUUAACAUAAAAAUCUGA